CAGUGGCUGGGUGCAAUAGCUCUGCCGCUCUGCUGGGCGGCAUGGUCGCUUGCUCCUCAGCACUUCAUUGAAAUGCGUAGAUGCGAAUGCGAGUGCAGGCGGCAGCGGAGGUUCAUGCGCAUCAAGAAGGACCCGCAUCAAGAAGGAUCUCCGGGUCAGGAGAAUGUCUGCCCAAGCCGGCCCAAGGCCCAAAUCCUGAAGUCGCACCUAUGUGCCAUGUUUGCCAGGGGAGGUGCACACACCACGCGGCUGUUCGACGGAAAGUCCGACAGUGCGACGCAUUGUCUCACUCAUUUCCCCGGUUGCCACGCAAACGCACUCGCACAUGGUUAUUUGGAAACAAAAGUUCGCCUUGCAAUCCCCUUUCUUGAGUAACACAUACGCUCUGCGCCAGGGAAGGCGCGUGCUGCGUGGACGCGCCUCGCCGCCUCCCCUGCGCUCUGGCUCCGUGCCUGCCCGCCAGUGCCCGCCACAGACGUGCCCACCACCCUGCCUUGUGUCUGUGGCAGGUCCGACCACAAACGGCGCCGGGCUUGCUGCAGAAGAGACGAGUGUACCGAUACAAGGCUUCUGCGGCGCUCCGUGUCCACAACGAGUUUAUGAAUUCGCGCAACAUCCCUGCACGAGAUCGCGCCUUGACAUGCGUGCCGACAAAUCACACCCGUCUCGCGCUGAGCUUUACUGUGCAACCAUAUGUUGGCCUAAGCUUGUCAAACCCAGCCGCUCAUGGCAGCGUCAAAUCACAGUUCGGGGAUGCAGUCGCACCUACGCAAACAGAUACCCUGCCCGCUUGCAAUGAGCACCCAGGCAUCCAUGAAACCUGCAAACGUGUUCAAAUUCUUCAACGAUGGAACAUGGAGAAGAAUGAGUGCCUUACAUAAUAUCACUGAGAGACAGCUGCGGCUCUCUGACACUAUGCCGAGCCCCGCGAUGGCUCUGGCCCUGGUGGCCGUGCUUGCAGUUGCUUCGAGCGCCAGUGCGUCCACGCUGCUGCUGAAGGACGCGACGCUGAACAGCGUCAAGGGCUACGCCAACCUGAAGGCGUACCUGAAGAAUGCCACCGAGGUGACCACCGCGCUCACCGCUGCAAACCUGGCUGGCGCCACCGCCCUGGUGGUGGACGCGCGCUCGGACGCGGUCGCGGCCAUUGCCGCCUCCGUGGCUGCCAACGACAUGACUGGCUUCUACACCGCCGUCGGCACCUGGCUCAAGGACGGUGGCAACCUGAUUCUGGUGGAUGGCGGCGUGGGCGGUUGGCUGCCCGUCGUCAGCAAGCUUAUGGGCAAGGCGCAGAACUGCACCGGGGUGGAGUUUGACCAGCCCAAGAACACCUUCGCCCGCCGCGUCAGCAACGGACCCUUUGCCGAGAUUGACAGCUGGCGCAAAGUCCGCACCUCUGAGGUGGCCUCCGGCCUGAGGUGCGCUAAUGGCAACGGACGCACCGUCUUGUCCACCCGCCCCUUCCAGAACGCUGUGUCGGUUCUGCACGCCUGGGCGGUGGGCCGUGGCACCAUCAUCUACUUCGGAAACACCUUUGAGACCAAGACCGUGCGCACCCAGUUCACGGAUGUCCUGGACAUCGCUAUCGCCAUCAAGCCCAAGCCAGGCAAGACUCCCAAGCCCGCCCCUACGCCUGCGCCCAAGCCCGCCCCCACUCCCGCCCCCAAGCCCGCCCCUACCCCCGCCCCCACCCCCAAGCCCGCCCCCACUCCCGUCCCCGCCCCCAAGCCCGCGCCCACCCCUGCGCCCACCCCCGCCCCCAAGCCCGCGCCCACCCCCGCCCCCACUCCGGCGCCCACUCCGACGCCCGCGCCUGCCCCCAAGCCCGCGCCCAAGCCCGCCCCGGUGCCCUCUCCUGAGGAUGCCCCACCCCCCGUUGAGGCGCCCCCUCCCAUGGAGGAGGCUGCGCCUCCUCCGAAGAAGAAGAACGGCCAUUAAAUUUGAAGGCGCUAGGGCUAGGUCGGCUCCCGUGAUCCCGGACGCUCGCAGCUUCCCUUUUGGGGCUGCAAAGCAAGUUUAUUAUUGUUAUGUGUGUAUUCAUGGCCGUACGGGAACAGCAUAUAUUGUCUGGCGUAACUAACUGCCAUCGUGGCCUGAGCCCGAUGGGGGGAUUACACGCUAUAGCCUGGUACCGUCCGCCGCGACGGCGGGCUCGUUGGAAUGCGGUGUGCUGGUGUACCUUUGAAAUGAGAAGUCUGGAGCUCGGACUGCUGUGCUGAGAGGCCUUGGAAGGGAGCGAGUAUCAUAUGCGGCAGAGCAGCCCGCCCGUGCUAUCGGCUGCUGGCUCGGCACACGUGUGGCAGACUGACAGUCGGGAGAGGUAGGUGUCCCCUGCUGACAGUAGUGUUGCACACCACCCAGCCAUGGGCUGGCCCCAUAUAUAACUGGAUGGAUGGCCCCGCGCCGGCGGACUGUCCCAUCUUGUAAUGUCGCAUUCAU